AUGGAUGUAUCGCCCUGGAUAGCAAUAUCAACGCCGCAAAACAAUACUAGAGAUAAAGUAGUCCACUUCGAGAAAUAUAUGCGGAGAAGCAUGUAUGAUUUGGCUCUAUCGACAGUUGAUAACUCGUCUCCAAAGACGAGGUUUAAAAUGAGAGUGGUUAAUAUAACAGGAUUUGGGAGCUUGUAUGAGAUGGCACAGUGUGUGCCUGAAAUUACUACCAAGGAUUGUCAUCUCUGCCUAACGAUUGCUAUUGGGAGGCUCGCAAAUAUAAGCACCAGUGCUCGCGUCUUGUUGCCUAGUUGUAUUGUUUGCUAUACAGGAAGGAAGAAAAGAUCUUCACAUAUUGUCGAAGCAAUUUGUGUACCAAUAGUUGUAGCAAUCUUGCUUUUCUCCGGUGCUUGGUUUUGUAUCUAUCGUCGUAAGCACUCAAAACCAUCUUCAGAUAUGGAAGAUAUUGCUGGACUAGAGUCAUUACAAUUUGAGUUCAAGGUGAUUAAAGCCGCGACAAAUAACUUUUCCCCAAGUAAUAAACUUGGACAAGGCGGAUUUGGUGUGGUUUAUAAGGGAAAACUUCAAGAUGAGCAAGAAAUAGCAGUAAAAAGGUUGUCAAUAUAUUCCGGGCAAGGCAUAUCAGAGUUCAAGACAGAGAUUCUUGUAGCAGCAAAGCUUCAGCAUAAUAAUCUGGCUAAACUAUUAGGAUUUAGCUUACAUGGAGAAGAGAAGUUACUUAUCUAUGAAUUACUGCCUAAUGCAAGUCUCGACAAGGUCUUAUCUGGCCAAAAUAGUGUAUCACUAGAUUGGGAAACCCGGUACAAGAUCUUACUUGGGACGGCCAGGGGACUAUUAUACCUCCAUGAAGAUUCGAGGCUAAAGAUUAUUCAUCGAGAUCUAAAAUCUAGCAAUAUUCUUUUAGAUGAAACUAUGAACCCAAAGAUUACAGAUUUUGGAUUAGCAAGACUUGUUGGAAGGGAUCAAAUUCACGCUGACACGAGUAAAAUCGCUGGAACAUAUGGAUACAUGGCUCCGGAGUAUGCAUUAACGGGGCGUUUCUCGGUCAUGUCAGACGCCUAUAGCUUCGGAAUAAUAGCUCUGGAGAUAAUAAGUGGUCAUAUGUGUAGCUCAGUUGCCUUCCCUUAUCAUGAAGAAAGUCUACCUCUACGAGCAUGGAAUUUAUGGAAGAGCAACUCAACAAUGGACUUGGUAGAUCCUAGACUUCAAGGAAAAUUUCCGGGCCACGAAAUGGAACGAUGCAUCCAUAUUAGCUUGCUUUGUAUACAAGAAGAUUCAAACAAGAGGCUAACAAUGGCAACGAUAGUGUCGGCACUCAAUGGCCACCAAGUAGCUCUUUCGGAACCGGAACCGCCUUUGAUUGGUCCAUCAACCAACAUUACAUUUGGCUUACACCAAAAUAUGGGUGUAUCAUCUUCUGGUGAAUUUCUUUCUAAUAGUGAUAACAUAACAGAAGUUUAUCCUCGGUAGAGUAAGGGAUUUGUAGAAUACUGUAUAUUUUCUUCCCUAUCAAAAAUGUUUCUCUUAAAUCACAAAUGAUAGAGCCAAAAUUGUAUAAAAAUUAUACUACCUUCGAUUUUUUUUUUUU